GUCUUUGUGAAUAUUACGAACCCAUUCGAGGCAGACGACGACAUCUCCGACGAUGAUUUUCUUCUGCAGCACGACAGUCACAAUACUGAAGGAGGACCAUCUGGUGAAUGGGGUCACACGCUGUCAACACCCGAACCUCGGGAUGCGGAGAGUGGGAGAACUCCGGCUUACACAUCGCGGUCGGAAGGAGUUUCUGAGUUCGCUCAACAAUCCUCUGAGGACCUCCGAAUGGAUAGCGAUGUUGUGCAGAGCAGACCUGUUACUGCAUCUGGUGGGAACGAUGAUGUAUUAAACCCAGUGGCCCUCCCAUCACCCACAAUUCAAGCAGAUGACGACGAAGAUUUGGACGACAACGGCGACGACGAUGAUUCAGAGAUGAACAUAAUAGCUCUAAAGCUUCUGAGACAUUUCAGACAAGGACCUGGGCAGUGGAUGGACCUAUUUGAUACAUCUGCGCAUUUCUCAUGCAAAAUACCAAUAAGAGCAACGACUCGGCCGCUUCUCAAAUCGGCAAUCUGCGCUCUCGCAGCAAAGCACCUAUCGCGCACACAGUCAAAUGACAACGAGAUCCGACAGACCCGCAGCGCGAGAGCUUCGGUGGCUCCCUCGGCUACGACACCCCCGGACUGGCAAUACCACGCCGUCCGACACUAUCAUCAAGCAAUCAGACAUUUGAAGCACGCAAUCACUCUCGCCGGAGCAAGGGACGAUGCGCUACAUAGCGAGACGAGCGACCAACAUGCGGAUACUUUUGCCGCAGUUGCCAUACUCUGCAUGUACGAGUUGAUGAACGCCCCAGGAAAUGCGUGGAAGGCGCAUCUCACGGCUCUGUCACUGUACUCUGCCUCAGAUAGAGCUCUGGGAGGAUCUUCCCCGGUCUCGAUACCGCAGUCUCCGACCAAGGGGCCAAUAUUCUGGAGUCUGGCAAGGCAGGAUUUCCUCUGUGCUUUCAUAAGCGAAACCCAGACGCGUCUCAACUUGGACCACAUCCGUCUUUGGCAAAACUUUGGCCUUGCUACAGACGAACGCAACCUCUUACUCCCCUUCAGCCCCUUUUCGACGGCCGAUAUCCGCUCCUCGACCAACGUGGAUGAAGACUCAAAAAGCAACGAGCUUUUGUGGCUUCUGGGGAAGAUUGUGAAUUACAUCACCAACGGGGAUGGUAUCCGCCCGGAAGACUAUUCUAAGCCCGCCGGCCAGCGCAUGUCGCUCGGUCUGACGCAGGAACUCCUCCUGGGAAGAUGGACGAAGCUUGAAGUCGAAUUGCAGGAGUGGUAUGAGAGUCUACCGCCGACCUUUGUGCCCAGCGCCCGGACAAGAUUCUCUAGUCGCCACGGGGAUUUGGAUGAUGAUGAGACGGAUAUGGACAUGGAAAGGGUCUGGUACGACAUUCCGAUGUGCGCGUCGACGAUGCAAAGUUACCAUAUGGCUCAGAUUCUUUUGCUGGUGAACCGGCCCCAAGAAUCCACGGCCAUACGGUCGACCGUGUCGGCGCGUCUGCGAUCGUAUCGACUCAUUCAGAAAGGGGUGCUGCGUCAUUGCAAGGAGAUUUGUGGGAUUAGCCUCGCGGAUCCUACUGAUGCGGUGCGUGUUCACUCUGUCCAGCCGCUUUUCGUGGCAGGGCAAGCCUUUUAUACGCGACCGGAACAGGAAUUGGUACUGGAGCUACUUUCUGGUAUCGAGACGGAGUUGGGGUGGGCUACGAACCAUCAGAGGCGGAAGUUGAUUGAAGAGUGGAAGGUGAAUGAUGGAUGA